GUUUCCUAUAUAUAUAUCUGGCUUCUUCAUCCUUUUUUUUUUGGGUGUAAUUCAUUCAGUCAAUGUUUAACAAGCAUGCUCCAAUUUCAGUGUUUGGUAGUUUUGUUGUCUCUAAUCCUGAUUGCCUUCCUUUUGCAGAUCCCAUAUGAUUAUGAUUAUAUGGUUAUGAGGGAUGGUCACAGAUAUGUUUAUCGUACCUUCAAUUCAAAACACACAAGCUGCGACCAUAGCCCAUCCACUUGCGUGGGUAAUGACAUCAAUUUACAGUGCCCAUUUCAGUUUAGAGGUGAUCAUCCAAAUCUAUGCCCUAUUGAAUUCUCUUGUGAAAAUAAUCGCACUGUUCUACCCGUAAUUGGUGGUAACCAUCUGGAGAAACAACAGUAUAACUUUUCUGUGGAGCUAAACAGUAUUGAUUAUGAGAAACAAACACUUCGUCUCUUUGAUCCUGGGGUGCAAAAGAGCAACUGUUCUACUCUUCCAGUUUACUCAUUCAAGCCAAACGACGACUACUACCAAAAUCAAGUUGGGGCUUCUACCAUAAUGGAAAUUGAUCCCGAUGCUGGUUCGUUGGUCUUUGUGAGCUGUAAAAAUCCGGUGAAAUCGAAAUAUCCUCCUCUUUAUGUAGACACUGCUUCCUGUAAUAUCACUGCAAAUCAUUUUUCAAAAAUGAAAGCUUCGUCCAAUUAUUACAGCUAUGUUGUGGUGGGCAAAAAUGUGGUGGCAUCUGAUAUUGAAGAGUCGUGCACUGUCUAUAAGACAGCUCCGGUAGACCUGCGGUGUCUCCCUAAUGUAACAGCAGGAGAUAUUUCGUUUCAAGACAUCCACAAUCUUCUGUCCAAUGGCCUUGACCUCCGGUGGUUAAGAGAGUGGCGGAGCAGGAGACAUUUUCCUUGGCUCCCACAAGGGCGAAUCAGCGACGCAAUUCGAUCUUACCGGUCUAUUGGUGUCGCAGCUUUAGUUUACCUAAAUGCAGCAAUAAAAGUCAUUGGCAUUAUCCUCUUGUUUGCUUUCCUCCUUUAUCGGUGUCGUCGGAGGCAUUUAUCGAGGUAUGAUACAAUCGAAGAUUUCCUACAAGCAAACAACAGCGUCAUGCCCAUUAGGUACUCAUACAAACAAAUAAGGACAAUGACAAAAAAUUUUAAGGAGAAACUAGGUGAAGGAGGCUAUGGUUUGGUUUACAAAGGCAAAUUGCGCAGUGGAGGUGGAGUUGCUGUCAAGAUGCUGAACAAAUCAAAAGCUAAUGGACAAGAGUUCAUCAAUGAAGUUGCAACUAUUGGAAGAAUACACCAUGUGAACGUGGUUCGGUUAGUGGGAUUUUGUGUUACUGCCUCAAAACAUGCUCUAGUAUAUGAUUACAUGCCAAAUGGCUCUCUGGAUAAGUUAAUAUUCUCAAACUGUCAAAAUGGUUCUCCAUUGAGUUGGAAGCAAGUUUGCGAGAUUGCAAAGGGGGUUGCUCGUGGCAUUGAAUACUUGCAUCAGGGGUGUGAUAUGCAAAUUCUGCAUUUUGAUAUUAAACCACAUAACAUCUUACUCGAUGAGAACUUUGUUCCAAAAGUUUCAGACUUUGGACUUGCAAAACUCUACCCGAUGCAAAAGAGUAUUGCAACUCUUACUGCUGCGAGAGGAACUUUAGGUUACAUGGCCCCGGAGUUGUUCUAUAAAAAGAUUGGAAGAGUCUCACAUAAGACAGACGUUUACAGCUAUGGAAUGUUACUUAUGGAGAUGGCUGGAAGGAGGAGAAAUGUGGAUGCGCAUGCUGAGCAUUCAAGUCAAAUAUACUUCCCUUCAUGGAUAUAUGACAAAUUCGAUCAGGUGGAAGAAAUGGAAAUUGGAGAUCAUGCAACUGAAGAAGAAAAGACAAUUACAAGAAAAUUGAUUUUGAUUGCCUUGUGGUGCAUACAAAUGACACCUGAAGAUCGUCCUUCAAUGAGAGAAGUCUUAGAUAUGCUUGAAGGUGGUGCUAGUGGUCUAAAGUUGCCUCCUAAACCGUCGUUUUACCCUCCAGAUUCACCCAUAUCCAUGCAAAGAAGCAGCGAUAGUAGUUCUUCUGACGAGUCAAUGGUGCCCCUAUGUAGCUCUGUUGCUUUAGAAAUAGAGCAGAUGGAUGACUAAGUAGUACUUUCAGUGAAAGCUUUGUCUGGUAGAUUUGUCUUUCAAACUCUUAAAUAUGCCACCUACUACCAGAUAACAUGGCAAACUGAAAUGUCAGUUUGGUAUCAAUAAAACUGAAGGGUAGCACCUUGAUAUAUGCUUCAUA